ACCGCCCUCCUACCAUCUCUUCCUCAGUCUUCAUCUUCCAUGCCAAAAAUCACAGCAUAACCCAAUGCUUUCUCCUCUGGUCAAUGCUCAAAUUCCUUCACCUCCACUCUUCCAUCCAAUCUCAGCUCUCAUCUCCCUCGUGCCAUUAAUCAUGUUUGAUUUCUAACUUCAUCUUUGAAGUUCUAAUCCUCUCACCUUGUUGAUACUCUGUGGUGUUAAUGCACAAGGGGGAUUCAGGGGCUGGCUGAAUCAUCAUGCCCUUUGAAGAUGACGAGCAAGGUAAAAGCUCCUUGCCGGAGCAGCAUCAGCAGCACCACCUCAUGGACUGGUUGGAGGAUUCCAUGUCUUUUCUCUCCUCCUUCCUCGUUGAUCCCUGCACAACAUCAACCACCUCCGGUGGAGGCAUCAACAACAAUGAUAUUACCAGCUAUGGAUGGUGGACGGCGCCACAAGGACAUGAACAAGCUGACAUGAACCACACUGCUCCAUCCAUGGACUCCACGCUCACCCCAGCAAACAGCUCUCGGUUGCUUCCUCAAGAUGAAUUCUUUAGGAAGAGGAAGAAACCGAUGGGACCGAUCACAGGCGACAAGAGCAUGAUGUUUCAAGCCAAAGAGAGGGCGGAAGGUGAAGCUGCCAUUGAGGGUGAGGGGGAAUUUGUGAAUGAAGGUGAAGUAAACAAGAAGCUGGCUUCAACGGCGAGGAAGGGUCAAGGGAAGAGCGCAGGGACCUCGAGCAAUGGCGGGGGAAAGGAAGCAAGAUGGGCGGAGCAGUUGCUGAAUCCGUGCGCAGCCGCCAUAGAAGCGGCGAACGUCUCCCGAGUCCGGCACCUGAUCUGCGUGCUUCAAGAACUACAGUCUAUUUCCGGCGACGCAAACCACCGGCUCGCGGCCCACGGUCUCCGCGCCCUCUCCAACUAUCUAUCGUCCACCGGAAUCAGCAUCCCCGACAGGGGCGGAGCAGAUGCUCCAGCGGCGACCACCUUCGUGACCGUGGAGCCGAAGCUUUUCCGUUUGGCGCUCAUCAAGUUCAACGAGGUCAGCCCCUGGUUCGCCUUCCCCAACACCCUCGCCAACGCCUCCAUCCUCCAAGCCCUAGCUCUCGAUUCCAGCCGCCGCGCCACGUCCCUUCACGUGGUCGACGUCGGCGUCUCCCACGGUGUCCAGUGGCCAACGUUUCUCGAUGCACUGGCCCGUCGUCCCGGAAGUGGGCCACCUCUGGUACGUCUCACUGUAGUAGGCGGCGCCGCCCCUUAUGGCCCCUUCUCCGCCGCUCCUCCAGGCUAUGACUUCCGCUCCCAUCUACUCCGCUACGCUAAAUCCAUCAACCUAAACCUCCAGAUCGACCACGCGAACGUUCUCGGAUCCAAGUCCUUGGCUCUCGUCCGAGGAGAGAUCCUCGUGAUCUGCAUCCAGUUCCGGGCUGGCCACAAUAACGCCAAUGAUCGGACGGCGUUCCUAGAGUCGAUACGCGAUCUGGAACCCGAUCUCGUGGUUCUAAGCGAGAUCGACGGAGGAAUCGGCAGCAACGGAGUCGACGGACGGUUUCCCGCAGCGUUCGCGAAGAAGGCGGAGCUUCUUUGGAACUUUCUGGAUUCCACGAGCGCGGCGUUCAAGGGAAAGGACUGCCCGGAGAGGCAGGUAAUGGAAGGCGAAGCAGCGAAGCUUCUGGACACGUCGGCGCCGGCGGCAGAGGGACGGGAUCGUUGGCAUGAGAGGAUGGCGGCGGCGGGAUUCCUGGAAGAGGCAUUCGGAGAUGAGGCAGUGGAAUCAGGUAGGGCGCUGCUGCGGAAGUACGACGGGAACUGGGAGACGCGGACAGCGCCAGCGACGGCGGCGCCGGUGACGCUGUGGUGGAAGGGGCGGCCGGUUUGCUUUUGUUCCCUGUGGAAGUCCAACCGGCGAAGCUGAAACAAGUGCCGAUCUGGUAUUUGAUGAACGGCAGAUCCGAUCUCGCGCCAAACUCCAUCCCCAACACAUCUACAUCUCCAUCAUCCUGACCGUCUGAUUAGUCCGUAGGAAAUGAUUGGGCUGGCCACUGUACAUAUCGGGUUCGGAUCAUGUACCAUGUUGAACUAUCCGAUAAGCCUGUGCCUCGUAUCAACUGCUAUAUAUUUUUU